GGAGAGUUCUUUAUCUUCUUCCUAUUGCUUUUGCGUUGUCCCAUUCCAUACCAUAGAAAUAGUGUUCCGGGAAUCCAAAAUAAAUCUACACUAAUUAGAUAUCUGGUAGGCGGUACAGUUAAACGUUACCAUUCCUAGUAUUCUUCCAGAGGCAGAGUCAGAGAACAAAUUAAGAAUAUGUUGAUCAAGGUGAAGACACUCACUGGGAAAGAGAUUGAGAUCGACAUUGAACCAAUGGAUAAGGUUGAGAGGAUUAAGGAAAGAGUUGAAGAGAAGGAGGGUAUUCCCCCUGCACAGCAGAGAUUAAUUUUCAGUGGUAAACAAAUGAAUGAUGAUAAGACUGCUUCUGAUUAUAAGGUGAAUGGAGGAUCUGUUCUACAUCUUGUGCUGGCUCUUAGAGGAGGAAACCGAUGAUGGAGCAAGAAUCAAAGUAACUCCAUUCUAAACUGAUCUCAUGCCAGUAUUGUAUCACAGAAUUAUCAUGGUGGUACCGUACAGGCAUUGAUAGGGAAUAUUUAUACACUAUUUCUUUAUUAAUAUUGGAGGGGAGGGGAUUUUUUAAUAAACAUCUAUGAUCAUACCAUUAGUCAAGAUUAAACAAAUUGAUAAAAUAAAGGAAAAGACAGGUAUACUGAAUAAAAUUUUCUUCAAAGGAUUCUUUGUAUGAAUAUGAAUGGUUUGAACAAUUAAUUAACUUGUGAAGUUUUCUGCAGUUAACCUCAGAAAUUCAGAAAUGGUUUAGUGAGAAAGCAAACAAUUCACAUUCAAUUAGCAACCCCAGUUGAAUUUUUUUAUUAUGUAGAAAAUUGGUUUACUAACUAGUAAUUGGUCACAUGGAAUAUCUGUAAACAACAGUUGAUUAACAAAAAAUUAAACUAUUCAAGUUCAUGAUGAUAUUUUCCCAUAUAUUUCAACUUAGUUGACAAAUUGAUGUCCACACAGACUUGUAGCAUUUGAUUACAGAAGGAAUCCAAUAUGUCCAUACAGUCAGUAAAUAACCAAUCAGAAGCUACCUUGUUGAAAGGAAGGUUCUGAUUGGUUAAUAUGAGUGACGGUAGUAGUCAAGUUUAAGUAAUUCAUAAGAGAUCCAACAAGUUCAUACAGUCUGUAAAUAACCAAUCAGAAGCUACGUUGUUGAAAGGAAGGUUCUGAUUGGUUAAUACGAGUGGCUGGUCAAGUAGAAGUAUUGUACAGCAAGCUCAAGUAUCUUGGAAGAGCUUACAUCACAGAUAAUUGUUUUAUUUGUUGAAGUGCUCGCAGUAGCAUGCUUUCCUCCAUGGACAAUAUGUAUGCUUUACCUUGUGAACCUUUGUUCUGAAGAUGUCAAAUCGAGGGGUUAGUGUCACAAAGACGUAACUCCAUUUUGGCCAUUUUUGAGAAAAAGUGGUUCAUGUGUUACUGAGCACUAGGGCCUUAAGAAGUUAAGUCUAUGUUUCACUAGCCAAUGACUUCAAUGGGCUGUUGAGAUGGCGUUGAGACUUUGUGUUUCCUGGAAAGCCCACAUUUUUCUGAACAUUUUGAUAUCAAAUACUCAUUUUGACAAAAUAUGGAGUUACGUCUUUGUUUCACUGAACCCUCAGAAUGCUCUUUUUCUGUACAUUUUUUCAUGAAUCCUAACAGUCUUUUUGUGUAGCUGGCAUUCAUAAUACUGCUGGAGUUGCUCAAGUUCUGCCAUCUGAACACUUUUAUUGAAAAUAAGCAAACGUAGGUAAUUUAUGAAGCAUUACGGUCAAACCAGAAAAUUGAGAAUUUCACAAGUGGACCAGAUUCACUUUAAAGUGUACAAUCACCUGGAAAAAAAAUUGUACAUAACUAGAACGUCUAAAAUCCACCUCAAUUUUGUUCACUUCAAUGAUUUUUUUGGUAAAUGGUUUAAGAGUAUGAAGGAUUUUGAAUAAUGCAAAUUGUCUAUGAAAACAUUGUGUGAUGCUCUUGUAAAAUGAGAUUUUCAUUUUUAGGAUAAAUAAUAUGAAUCACUAAUUCACUAUCCAGUAUGUGUAUAUAUUAUUUAAUUGAAUUUGUAAUUUCAAAGGAAAAAGUGAACCUUUAUGAUGUUCUCAUGGUGUAGCAGUUUGCUCUGCACUACAUGCAUUUUUUAAACAAAGGCUUGAUUUAACUCUGGUGAUAUCGAUAUGUGCUGAAAAAAACACACGGUACAAUGAAUAAUUUUUUAAUUGUACUCAUUCAUAGCUGUUAUGGAACCUAAUCACAUGCUCUUAAAGUUCUGAGAGACGAAUGACUCCAAUAGCUAAGAUGUUUAGUUUAUACAAUAAAGAUAUGGUAGCUGGAAUGUGGAGUGCCAUGAGGGUAAAAUCUGACGGACAGCGCUAUACAAGAAUCCAUCAUUAUUAUUAUUAUUUAAGUUUUUUCUCCUCUUCUACUGAUUAAGUAUGUAUAGCGAUGUAAGAAACAUGAACAUAUGCGUUACUCAAGUCGGCUUGCUUGAAUCUGUUACAGAUUAAUUUGUAGUUUCUCUGUAUGUACAUGCACUUGUAAUACUUGAUGUAAGGAACAUGAUAUGCUUACUUAUAAAACUGUUGAUAUACAUACAA